AUGUUUGUUCUACUACGAAGAAAUAUAAUCAAGAAUAUUACUACUCGUCGUUUUAUCACAUGGUCCAGACAUGUAUCGGUAUCGGCGAACACCAACAAUAGUAACAAUAAAAAGGAAAAAAUUACUAAAUUACUAAAACAUUUUAAGAAGACGAAAAGAAGAAAUGAUAUAGCUGAUCUUACACAUCCAAGUUCCAUAACCAUUCUAGAAAUAAAUGAUUUUCUAAAAGAAUAUUCUCAAAUUCAUAAUUUACCCAUUCAACUUGAAAAAAUCAAAAAUUCAUUUGAAUUAAUUAAAAACUUUUUACCUCGUCAACGUAAACAUGAUAUUCUUCUUGAUAACAUUACUAUUAGAUCAGUCACAUCUCAAGGUGAAGGAAUAGCACUCGUGCCUAAAUCUUCAUAUGCACAGAAUUAUGUGAUUGAUCCAGAAGAAGAAAUUUUUGGAAAAUAUACAAUUUUUCUAAUUCCUAAAACUACAGUUGGUGAUAAAGUUAAAAUUAAAAUCAAAAUGCAUCAUGAAUAUUAUGCAGAAGGUGAAUUACUUGAGGUUAGUAACUCUGAUUCCAAAGUUUCUAGAAGAAAUGACAAUUUAAUUGUUUGUAAUCAUUUUAAUCAAUGUAAUGGUUGUCAAUUACAAAUGUUAACUUACGAAGAUCAAUUAAAUUUUAAAAAAUCAAUCAUAAUGAAGGCUUAUCGAUAUUUUUAUCCUGAAAUUUUUAAUCAAUUAGGUAAUGAUUUUGGAACGGUUAGUGGAUCCCCAUUACAAUAUUCAUAUAGAACUAAAUUAACCCCUCAUUUCACCGUAUCUAAUGGAAUUAAUACUAAACUUGGAUUUGAAACUGUUAAUCAUCAAGGAAAAUUCGAUAUGAAACAAUGUCCUAUAGCUACCCCUGAAAUUAAUGAUAAAUUAUCACAAAUAAGAGAUGAAUAUUUAGGACAAUCCAGACCAUAUUCUCAAGUUAUGUUGAGACAAAGUAUUAGAAUUAAUCAAGAUACUGGAGAAUUCAUUCAAGUUGCAUUAGAAGGUCAAUAUAAAGUAACUACUGAAAAAAUCAAUGAGUUCUUGUUUCAAUUUGAUUCAAAUUGUUUUUUCCAAAAUAAUAAUUCAAUCUUACCUAAUGUAUUAGAUUAUAUUACAUAUCAUAUUAAUCUUAAAGGUAAGCCAAUUGAUAACAUAAUUGAUACAUAUUGUGGUGUUGGGUUUUUUGGUAUUGCUUUAUCAAAUUCAUUUCAAGAAAAUACUAAAAUAUUUGGUAUUGAAAUUUCAAAUAUUUCAAUUAAAUAUGCUAAUCAUAAUGUUAAAAUUAAUAAUUUAAAUAAAGAUAAAAUCAAAUUCAUUCAAGGUGAUGCUUCAAGUAUGUUUAAAAAUGAAGAAUUUAUCAAAUCUGGAAUUCUGGGUAAAAAUAGUGUGGUUAUUAUUGAUCCUUCAAGAAAAGGUUCAAAUGAAUCUUUUAUGAAACAAUUAUUAGAAUUUGAACCAGAAAUUAUCAUCUACGUUAGUUGUAAUGUAUUCACCCAAGCUAGAGAUUUGGCCACUUUUGAUAAACUUCAACAAAAUUCAAAUGUCAAAUAUAAAGUUAGAGAUAUUAUGGGUUUUGAUUUCUUCCCCCAAACUAAACAUGUUGAAUCAAUUGCAAUUAUAGAAAAAGUGUAA